GAGAUACCUGUCUAAGUUAUCAAGAAUGUACAAUGUGCUUAAAUAGUUGUACAUCGCCCAUCGAGAAAAGAGUAGAAUUUGUAGUAGUUAUAUACUCCUUAUUUGUUUUCACUUUGUCAUGUCUCGCAUCAUGGUGAUGUUUGUUUCACUAAUUUGUAAAGUUAAAUUAAAUUAAUUUAAUGUAACAUUUUAAAUUUAGUACAAUCCUUUUUAAAAUAUUGAUCAAAAUUCAUUGUGUUUCAUUCUCGUAAACCUAAUAUAAUAAGGAAAAUUGAACAGUAGUAGAGUAAAAUUGAACAGUAGUAGUUAUUGUGUUUGUAUUUUUGUCUACUAAAAUAAAAGCAGUAAAAUCAGCCAGCACAUAGAGAGAAUUUCAGUGCAUUUUCUUCUUCAGUAUAGCAAUUAAGCGAUCGCAAUAGCAAAGGAAGUGUAAUGGCUCCAGUGGCACCCAGAUCCGGAGACGUCAUUUUCGCCAACGUCGAACGAGUGAACGCAGAGCUUUUCACUCUAACAUAUGGAGCGAUCGUGCGCCAACUGCUCACUGAUCUAGAGGAAGUUGACGAGGUCAAUAAACAGCUUGAUCAAAUGGGUUAUAAUAUAGGAGUCAGGCUCAUUGACGAAUUUCUAGCAAAGUCUAAUGUUUCGAGGUGUGUUGAUUUCAAGGAAACAGCUGAAGUCAUUGCCAAGGUCGGCCUCAAAAUGUUCCUAGGAAUCACUGCAACGGUGACAAAUUGGGAUGUUGAGGGAACAACGUGCAGUCUAAUUUUGGAGGAUAAUCCCUUGGUAGACUUCGUUGAACUCCCUGAUACCUGUCAAGGCCUAAAUUAUUGUAACAUCUUAAGUGGAGUAGUCAGGGGAGCACUGGAGAUGGUGUCGAUGAAAACAGAGGUCACAUGGCUUCGUGAUAUGCUCAGAGGGGAUGAUGCAUUUGAGUUGCAGCUGAAGCUUCUGAAGCAAGUUCCUGAGGAGUACCCUUACAAAGAUGAUGAGUGACAUGCUUUUUGAUGCUUGACAUUUGCAAAUGCAAUACAAGAAGAUUCCUUUCCAGCCUUGGGGGAUUAUCUCGAAGUUUUUCUGUUGUUUUAUUGGUCUUCCAAAUUUUCCAUUGUGUUAAAGCAAUUUAAGAUCGAUCUCCAACUUUGCUUUGGCUAUUCUUAGGUUCUUGUGCCUUGGUCGAACUUUAGAACAGAAAGAUGUUCUCAUCAUGUUUAGGAACUUUUAUAUUGAAUCAAAAUGACCAGUGCAUUUUUAAAAGUCUAAA